AUGCAGUCACAGAGGACUCAGCAAAAACGCAAAUCAAAAGUCGUUGCUGAACCGUCUCAUGGCCAUGAGUCGCCAGAACCGGAACCUGUCAGAAAGAAGCCGAAGGCUCAACCUCGCAAGAAAAAGAUUUCACCACUAAAAGACAAAGAAGAAAAACGUGCACGGAGGUUCAGAUCUCAUGCUCCUCAAUCAUUCCUUGAGCGCUUGGACAGAAUUAGAGUCCAGAGAAUGUUUGUAGUCGCGCAUCAAGUUCAAAUUCAAUCUCAAGCUAGUGCAGAUGAGAAUGCAAAUCAAGGUGUCCCGGAGUUUUACUUCACUAUGGUCGGGACAACCGGCAAUAUCUACAAGGUUACUAUCGGGAAGGUGCCAACUUGCGAUUGUCCAGAUGGAGAGAAGGGCAACCAGUGUAAACACAUUUGCUACGUCCUCGUGAACUGCCUAAAAGCACCCCAGCAUCUGCAGUAUCAACUUGCUUUCUUGUCCUCGGAGCUCCGCCAAAUUUAUCAGGUUUAUGACCGGUCCCCAUUACGUCAAGCUCAGACCGCAUUGGAAAAUGACGAUGGUUCUCACAAUGAUACUGAAGAUGAUAUUUGCAAGGCCGCUGAAGAAAAUCACAAGCCGGCAGAUGGCGACUGCCCCAUUUGCUUUAUGGAGUUCAAGCCUAAUGAGAAACUCGUGUGGUGCAAAGCCUCUUGUGGUAACAACGUCCACAAGGUCUGCUUUGAUCAGUGGGCUGCUACAACACGCAAGUCAGGAGUUCGCUGCGUCUACUGUCGUGCCGAUUGGGAAGUCGAUGCAGCUCACAUCCCUGAUAUCAAGACUCUCCAGAAUGAAGGACCUACCAAUGAAGAAGGCUAUCGCAAUGUUGCCUCAGCAUUCGGAUUGUCGGGUCAGCGUGGUAUGGAUCUGCCCUUGUAA